AUGAGAAGUGAGACAGGGUUAGACAGUAUUGAUGUGAUUAGCCAGGGAAAGCAUUGCAUUCAGAAGGCUGUGGUUCUCCUGUUCGAAAUCACAAAACUAUCAGAAACACUGACCUUCCACCCAUUUCUUAGGGAUCCUCUGGGAACUGUUGUCCAGAACUUUGUGAAGGGGACCUCUGUAAUGACAGGAAACUCCAGUGGGGCUCCCCAGGAUGGGGAUCUGGUUCUCUGCCCACAUUCAUUAACAGAGGCCUGUUCCCUCAUCCCCAAGGCGCGCGCGCACACACACACACACACACGUGCACACACAUGCACAAACACACACGCUCAAAGUGUGCAUGUACCUCCCCCCUUUCAAGUCACAGUGCUGGAUCCACAUUUCCAGAAAAGCUGUACACACUGGAGAAGUACAGUACAUGCUGCUUUUCUGCUCAACUGCAAGAGACAUAGUUUAGUCACUGCUCUUUGCCAAGAAUACCCUGAAACAAGCAACAGAAUUCAGCAUUGUAAAAAAGAGUGGUCUGUGAAUCUGUUAAUUACAGCAGGAGCCAUGCUUGGUCCUGGGGUCACCGGUUUUCAGUCAGCAAUGAUUUCAAGGCUCUGGGCAGCAGAUUUCCAAGGGAAGGAAGAACAGGAACUCUGGUGUUGGCACAAAGGGAGAUGUGGCGCCUACUUCAUCAGGAAAGUGUCCACUACUUUCCCACGUCCCUGA